AUGAAUCGGCAGUCCUACAGCAUUCGGGCAGGGGGUGGAGGUGGUGGUGGCAGGAAUUUCAGCACAUUCUCUGCCAUCGUCCCAAGUGCCAACCGAGCUGCUUUCAGCUCUAUGUCUGUUGCUCGAACAGGUGGAGGCGGUGGCGGCAGCUUUGGAAGGAUCAGUAUUGGUAGUGGUGGCGGCGGUGGAUUUGGCAGUAGGAGUCUCUAUAAUUUUGGUAGCACUAGGAAAAUUUCCAUUGUCAGAGGUAGCAACUUGCGCAGUGGAUUCUGUGGUGGUGGAUUUGGUUCUGCCGGUGGAUCUGGUAGUGGCUUUGGUUUGGGGGGUGGUUCUGGGGGUGGUUUUGGUAUUGGAGGAGGGGGUGGUUUGGGCUUUGGUGGUGGUGGACCUGGGGUUGGUGCAAUCCAAGAAGUGACCGUUAACCAGAGCCUGCUAGCACCCUUGAACUUGGAAAUUGAUCCAGACAUCCAACAGGUGCGAAAUGAGGAGAAGGAGCAGAUCAAGUCGCUCAACAACAAAUUUGCCUCUUUCAUUGACAAGGUCCGUUUUCUGGAACAGCAGAACAAGGUUCUGGAAACCAAGUGGACUCUCUUGCAAGAUCAAGGCUUGAAAUCCGGUGCCAGCAAGAUCAACAUUGACCCACUCUUUGAGGCCUACAUUAACAAUCUAAGAAAGCAGCUGACUAGCCUCAGCAAUGAGAGAGGAAGACUGGAUGGCGAACUGAAGAACAUGCAAGAGCUCGUCGAAGACUUUAAGACAAAAUAUGAAGAUGAAAUCAACCGGCGCACAUCUGCAGAGAAUGAUUUUGUCAUACUCAAGAAGGACGUGGAUGCUGCCUAUAUGAAUAAAGUGGAAUUGGAGGCAAAGGUGGACUCCCUGACAGAUGAACUCAACUUCCUGAGAGCUCUCUAUGAUGCGGAGCUGUCUCAGUUGCAGGCCCAGAUGUCUGACACAGCUGUCAUCCUCUCGAUGGAUAACAACCGAGACCUGGACCUGAACAGCAUUGUCGCUGAGGUGAAAGCUCAAUAUGAAGACAUUGCCAACAGGAGCCGAGCAGAAGCAGAAUUGUGGUACCAAACCAAGUUUGAGGAGCUCCAGGCCACUGCAGGGAAACAUGGAGAUGAUUUGCGUAAUACAAAAGGAGAGAUUUCAGAGCUCAGUCGGAUGAUCCAGAGGAUACGGGCUGAAAUUGAAAAUGUCAGGAACCAGUGUGCCAAUCUGCAGACUGCCAUUGCAGACGCUGAAGAACGUGGUGAAUUGGCUGUCAAAGACGCCAAAGCCAAGCUCCUGGAGCUGGAGGAUGCUCUCCAAAGGGCAAAGGAAGAGAUGACUCGCUUAUUGCGGGAGUACCAGGAGCUGAUGAAUGUCAAGCUGGCUCUUGAUAUUGAAAUUGCCACAUAUAGAAAGUUGCUGGAAGGAGAGGAGAACAGGCUCAGUGGAGAGGGCGUCAAUCCAGUGAGCAUCUCUGUUGUCAGUUCCAGUGCUGGAGGUGGUGGAGCUGGCCUAGGAGGAGGUUAUGGCAGUCUUGGAGGAGGAGGAGGAGGGUUUGGAGGUCUUGGCCAUGGUGGAGGAGGGUUUGGCCUUGGAAGUGGCUUGAAUUAUGGAGGAGGAGGAGGAGGAGGGUUUGGAAGCAGUGGCUUUGGAAGUAGCUUUGGAAGUGGUUAUGGUGGAGGUGGUGGUAGUACUGGGUUAAGCUUUGGAGGAAGCAAUUUCAGCUCAGGGAGUGGAAAAGGCAUCGGGACAGGGAGCAGCUAUGGUCUGAAAAUUAUCUCCAAAACUUCCUUCACCCAAAAGAGCACCAGAAACUAA